UUGAAACUUGAAACCUCUUUUGUUUUGUCACGUCGUCACGUGGUAGACAACACAACAAAAACCCAGGGUGAGAGGUGAGAGUGGGAAGAGCAAGAGUACAACCAGACUAGCAGAUCAAGGGUGAUCAUUAAAACAUUAAAAGCAUUACAUACUUAAACAAGACCGGACGCGUACGGACUGUCACACACGGGACAGUGGGACACUCGUCACUCGUUUUGUCUUCAGUCUGUAAAGAAUCAACAGUAUCUAAAAUUUUUCAAGAUGAGCGAAGAAACAGCAGCACCUGAAGAGAAAAAAGGAGGAGCAUCGAUCAAGCAUAUUGAUUUCAGUAACAAAACAGUUGACCUCUACCAAUAUUUCAUUGAAUAUUCAAGUUCCAUCUUAAAUACGUUUGGCUUCAAAUUGCCAUUUGAUAGCAAGCCAAAGAAACUUUCUGAGAUCAUUGGCAUUACUGGUCCAGGCCUGGAGUACAACUUCCAAGCAUAUGAUAAACUCAUGGAUGCUGCCUUGCUUGAUGUUGAUGGAGAAAUUCCAACCCUGAAGAUCAACAUGAAAGGAACUCAACAACAACCAAGAACAUUCCAAAAGCCUCAGCAAGAAGAUAUUGAAAACCUCAAGUCUUUGAAGUGGGCUGAAACUCAUGUGAAAGAAAAAUACUACACCACUCAAUACCACGAAAAGCUUUGGAUCAAAAGCAACCCCACAACAAGGAUGGAACUCAAUGUGCAUCCGUUCGGAGACUACCUCAUUCACGUCAAGGUGCACAAGCCUUGCAAACACCAUCCACAGGUUAAAAAGAAUUUGAAGUUGUCUGUGCAAGAAGACAUCCUGGUCCUCUCCAGCCAGGCCCUGACUGUUUUGAAAGACACUAUUUGCUGUCCUAAUGACUACUCAACGUGUGGAGACAAUACUGACACACCAAGCAGAAACGUGCCAAAAUUUGCAAAGGAUCUCUUUCCUGGUGGCUUCUUCUUCAUCGAAGACACCUUCUACAAUGACCUCAGAAAGCCUUGUACUCCUGACUACAGCCGAGUGAUCAGAGAGUGGGCUGCGAGGAACCCCAAAUAUCCAAAGACUAAUUUCUCCGUUUCCAACAUGGCUGCAGUCGCCUUCAGAGAUCUCAAGCUGAAAAUUGGAUAUCCUUAUCUGUUCAAACACUUGGGAUCCUGUGAGCACAUCAUCACCUUCGUCAAUGCAAAAUUAGUUAAUAGAGGUGACGACUUGAACUCCAAGCACUAUCCAAUGAGGAGAAUCCCUAUGGGAUACCGGGCAAAUAGGUUGUGCAUCAUGUGCGGAUUCUUCAAUGCUGUUUGGGUGACUGUCGGCAACGAGUUUGUCCCUCACGACCCUGCUUUCUUCUGCAACCACUGCUUCCACUCCUACAACUUUGUAGAUGGCAAGAGGAUCACCAAAUUCACCACCUAUCCCCUGAUUGACAGCACCAAGCACCCAAUGAAGCCUGAAGAAAAAAUUAUUUUUAAGCCUGUAGCACCUGCUGGACAAGCUCACCCACUGCUCUACACCCCCAAAAAUGUGCACAGAGAGCUGGUUGUCAGCAACGAUUCCUGUUACCCAUCUACCAGCCAAUGAAAAGCUCCUACCACCAAUUCGCCUUGCUGCGAAUAUUCACCUGUAUAUUUUGUCAUAAUGUCGGUUCUAUAUAUAAAAAAAAACAAAUAAAGAAAUAAAAUUUCUUUACUC